AUGAUUUGCCUGGUUUCACCAAUCACUGGAUCAAGGAUUGGAGCAUUUUCAUUGCUAGCUAGGUUGUUUCCCAGCUGUUGCGCUCGUCGCUGCUCUCCAGUCUCCAGUCUCCAGACUCCAUUCAUGGCUUCCUCGUCUCAACAUUCACUGAAGAAGUAUUUUACCAAAGUACCAAAAUCAAGUUUAGCGUCUCCUAGUCAACCUAACCAAGAAGCAAAUGCCAACCAUUCAGAAGUAGCGUUACAUUCUUCUCAAGAAUUUGAUUUGAGUACUUUAAACUAUGAUCCGGGUGAAAGAACCCCAAUUUUGGACUAUCAUCCAAAUCAUCGUGAUGUUAUUAGAAGAGCAUACCUUCAGAAUGGCCCUUGUCAACCUCGGUUGCUUCAGCGUGAGGAUCCUCAAACGAAUAUUUCUGGAUCAAUGCGUCGUUUUAAUUCCGAAUGGCCAUACAUUCAUCAAGGUGGAGGUGAAGUGUUUUCAACUACUGGGUUUAAGAGUUGGCACAAAAAGAGUAGUCUUGGGGGACAUAUUGGUCUACAGAACAGCGUACAUAAUCAAUCAAAAAAGAAAUGUCAAGAUUUAUUGCGACAACAACAGUCUGUUGAAUUUGCACUUGGGAGACAAUUUAAUCAAUUUAAACAUGCAUAUUGGGUUCGCUUAAGUGCUUCAGUUGAUGUAGUAAGGCUUCUUGUAACUCAAGGAUUUGCAUUUCGAGGUCACGAUGAAUCUAAAUCAUCACUUAGUAGGGUUGAUGAGUCUUUUGAUGUGUCACGCAAGGAGAAAAUGGCUAUUGUCUUACGAUAUAUUGAUAGAAAAGGAUUUGUGAUGGAGCGACUUAUUGACAUUGUUCAUGUUCAAGAUACUAGUGCUUUAUCUUUAAAGAGGGCGAUCGUUAAUUUACUUGCUCAACAUUCCUUGAGUCUAUCACAUGUACGUGGACAAUGUUAUGAUGGGGCAAGCAAUAUGCAAGGUGAGAUCAAUGGCCUUAAAAUGUUGAUUAGGCAAGAAAGUAGAUCGGCUCAUUCCAUUCAUUGUUUUGCUCAUCAACUUCAACUAACUCUUGUUGCGGUCUCUAAAAAAUGUAUUGAAGUGGGAAAACUUGUGGUAUUGGUUUCAAAUAUUUUGAAUGUGUUGGGAUCUUCUUUUGAGCGUAUGGAUGAAUUUCGAGAUUCUCAAAAAGAAAGAAUUCAAGAGGCAUUAGAUAUGGGUGAGCUUACAACCGGUAGGGGCUUGAAUCAAGAACUUGAUCUUUCAAGAGCCUGUGAUACUCGUUGGGGAUCUCAUUAUAAAUCUUUUAAAAAAUUUAUUCUUAUGUAUGGCUCUAUUGUUAAUGUUCUUGAAUCACUUGUUCAUGAUGCACGAUUAAUGGAUGAAAGAGCCAAGGCAAUGGGAUAUCUCGACGCUUGUCGAACAUAUGAGGUUGCGUUCAUGUUGCAUUUGAUGAGUGAGGUUUUAGCAAUCACAAAUGAGCUUAACAAAUGCUUACAAAAAAAGGAGCAAGAUUUGGCGAAUGCCAUGCUACUUCUUGAAGUAGCAAAAAAAAGGUUGCAAGCGUAUAGGGAUGAGGAAUGGGAUUCUCUCAUUGCUAAGGUAUCUUUAUUUUGUAUCAAGCAUGACAUUUUGGUACCUAACUUUAAGGAUCCAUAUGUUAGCUCUUUAAGAUCACGACGAAGACUUGGUGACAAUACGGAAUCUUACAUCAUUAUCGUGUUGAAGUGUUUUGCAAUAUUAUUGAUUGGCAACUGUCAUUGUUUAGAGCUUAAAGAUCGUUUUGGCAAAUGA